UUGACAGCUACACUGGAGCAUGCAUCGAGUGCACGUGGAAUCUGGUCACCCUCCCUCCCCUGCCAAAGGCAACCCAUCCCCCCCGCACUGACGCAAUCAAUCCACAGAAACAAAAAAGGAAUCAAAAUCAAACCCCUGAAGCUAGAAAUUCACCCCAAAACCCUCCACAAAAACCACUUCCUCGCUCGGACGUUCGUGCUACAUACAUACAGGAACGAAAAUGGAAGGCUUGAGAUCAAAAUCAUUCAGCGAUUCCAAGGCGCAGGUGGUAGAUUCGUACGGCUUCUCAAACCCUAACUCUGCCGGCCAUCAGGAUAUCAGGUGCUACAGUGCUUCGUAUGCCGCAUCUUCGAUCAGCAACGGCGGCGGCAGUACUGCCCCGACGAAGACGGGAUCCGGAGAUGUGAAUCUGAAGAAGGGGAAGUCGAUGAAUGGAUGGGUGUUCGGCGACCCUGAGCUGCAGAGGAAGAAGAGGGUGGUUAGCUAUAAGGCUUAUACUGUUGAGGGGAAGCUCAAAGGAUCUUUGCGGAAGAGCUUUAGGUGGAUUAAGGAGAGGUAUGCUCAGGUAGUCUAUGGCCGGAGGUGAGAUUAAAUCAGACCGAGCUGAGUUUUAAUUUUCUUCCUACUUUUCCUGAACUUUGCUUCUUUUCUUUUUUAGAUAUUGUUAAUAUAUGUAUUCACAGCCUUGCGUAAGAAUUAAGAAAUGGUAAUAUGGAUGCUGAUUUAGCUUUCCUGAUUAGAUGUAAUCGAGAGUAUCAUUUAAUUAUUUGUUCUUUAUUGAUGACAAUUACUCUGCUCUAAAUCUUCAAUAUGGGUUUUGUUAACC